GGGAAAUCCCACAUCUCGUACAUCUAAACUCUCGCGAGACUAUGUGAAACAUCGAUUUUUAACGAUUUUAGCAAAUUCUUUGCCAGUAAUUAGUAUUCAAAUGUACAUCAAUUCGUCCAUUAUGUUUAUUUGUUUGUUUAUUGUUGCAUUAGAUAACAUGCCAUGGUCAGAACAACCAGGGAAAAUCAUUAGAAUCUUCUAUUAGAGGGGGUGUCGAAUACCCUGACUAUUGGGUACCCCUCUAGAGACCAAUGCAAUUUUCGGCAUGUUCAUUAUUUUUUGUUGCGAUUUUCAUCUGAGUCGUCCCGUCCGUUCACCGCUAUUGAUUCUCCUCAAAUUAUCCGCAUCUAGAAAGUCGCACCGUUCGACCAAAGUCGACAUCCCGACGUACCUGAAAUGUCCCGUCGAUGGACGAUUUUUGCCUGAAAUGUGAUUUUUCUGGGCCUCGAAAAAGCGGGGUUAUAAUAUUCGGAGGGAGUCGCGGGUAGGUAGGAUCGCAGUGUUUUUGGCUUGACCGGGAAUCGAGAGGAGGAUUUUUUGUUUCCCCGUGCACUGGGGUGGAUGAAUGAGCCGCGGGAGGGGUGGAAACUCGAGCUAACCAACCCAGGAACUCCGUAGUGGAUGACCUAGCGGCCUGAACUCGGGAAAAACCGCCGGAAAGAUGGACCGUUCGCCCGGGAAAGACCCGGGUAGAGAACGCAGGCAGAGGCAGGCGUUUCUGAAGGAUCUGAAGGAUUUUCACGCUGCCAAAGGGCACCCAAUUUCUCGGUUUCCCUACGUUGGCGGGAGAGAGCUGGACCUGCACCAUCUUUACAACAAAGUCACCUCUUUGGGAGGAUUUCAGAAGGUGUCUGAGAAGGAGAGAUGGGGGGAACUGACAGAACAUUUCAACUUCCCCAGAGGUUGCACCCAUGCACCUUAUGCACUGAAACAGCUGUAUUACAGGUAAGGACGUUAUGCACAGGUGUACCCACAGGUAGACUUUACAUUAAGGUGUACUGAUGUCUUAACUCUGUGUACUUAAGGACAGGGACGUGUGGCAAAGAGC